GCAUGAUGCCCAUGCAGCAACAGCAGCAGCAACAACAACAGGGCUUCCCUGGUAUGGUCCAAGUUCAAAUGCAGCCCAACAUGCAAGGGAUGAUGGGAAUGAACUUCGGAGGCCAGAUGCCUCCUGGUGCCAUGCCUAUGCAGGUGGGUUGUGUGUGUGUGUGUGUGUGUGUGUGUGUGUGCGCGUGUGUGUGCGCGUGUGUGUGCGUGUGUGUUUGCGUGUGUGUGUGUGUGUUCGUGUGUGCGUGUGUGUGUGUGUGUGUGUGUGCGUGUGUGUGUUUGCGUGUGUGUGUGCGGGUGUGUGUUUGUUUGUGUGUGCGUGUACCAGUGUGUGUAUUUGAAUGCAAUGGCCACAACAUAUUCCUCUCAUUACUCUAGAGCAUGUGUGUCAAACUCAUUCCACGGAGGGCUGAGUGUCUGCGGGUUUUCACUCCUCCCUUGUACUUGAUUGAUGAAUUAAGGUCACUAAUUAGUAAGGAACCCGCAGACACUCGCCCUCCGUGGAAUGAGUUUGACACCCCUACUCUAGAGUGAAACGUACUCUGUUUUACAUUACUGGCUCUUUGGUCCUCUGAGGUUUUAAAUAAGCCAAAAGAAGAAGGGCCAGACGAUCUCUCCUGUAAUGCAGCUCUUUAUGAGAGAGGAGUCUGCCUCAAGCUACCUCUCACAUUCAGGCUAGACACUUAGACGAAGGAGCACUUUGCAGGGCGUUGCCUCAUCCUCACCACAUCCUCAGCCUUUAUCUCUGUCUCUUUGCUCUUUGUUUUAUCAAAUGACAACUUUUCCUCCUUUCACUGCUGUAAUGUUAGGACCUCUGUAUUGCAUAGUGUUAAUAGCACACAUUAUUUCCAGUCGAAGUGGUUGUAGUUAUGUAGUGAUUGCGGUAUGACAACCACUUAGAAAUGCAUUGGUUUCCUGCCACUGUACUGUGAUAUUAUUGAAAGAAAGGAAUGCUAUGAAUGCUAACGAGACCCCCGUUUUGUGUGUGUGUGUUCUGUGCAGGGCGGGAUGGCCAUGGGGAUGCAGGCCCCUGGGAUGCAGUUCAUGGGCCAGCCACAGUUUAUGGGCAUGAGGGGCCCCGGGCCCCAGUACACUGCCGACAUGCAGAAACAGAUGGCUGAGGAACACCAGUAAGAGCCUUUCUCUCACUGUCUCUGUCUGUCUCGCUCUCUCUCUUUCUCUCUCUCUCUCUGUCUUUCUCUCUCUCUCUCUCUGUCUUUCUCUCGCUCUCUCUCUCGCUCUCUCUCUGUCUUUCUCUCGCUCUCUCUCUGUCUUUCUCUCGCUCUCUCUCUCUUUCUCUCGCUCUCUCUCUCUUUCUCUCGCUCUCUCGUGCUUUCUCUUUUCUCUGUCUUUCUUUCCUGCGUGUUGUCGUCCUCUGUAUCGUCUUGUGGUCAGUGUGUGUUUAGCUGUAUGCGCUGUGUGUCGUGUGUGUUCUGUAUGCUCUGUGUGGUCGUGUGUGUUAGUGUAUCGUUUGUGUGGUCAGUGUGUGUUAGCUGUAUGCUGUCUGUGUGGUCAGUGUGUGUGUUAGCUGUAUGCUGUCUGUGUGGUCAGUGUGUGUACUGUAGCUGUCUGUGUCAGGUGUGUGUUUAGCUGUAUGCUGUCUGUGUGGUCAGUGUGUGUGUUAGCUGUAUGCUGUCUGUGUGGUCAGUGUGUGUGUUAGCUGUAUGCUGUCUGUGUGGUCAGUGUGUGUUAGCUGUAUGCUGUCUGUGUGGUCAGUGUGUGUUAGCUGUAUGCUGUCUGUGUGGUCAGUGUGUGUUAGCUGUAUGCUGUCUGUGUGGUCAGUGUGUGUUAGCUGUAUGCUGUCUGUGUGGUCAGUGUGUGUGUUAGCUGUAUGCUGUCUAUGUGGUCAGUGUGUGUGUUAGCUGUUAUGCGUCUGUUGUGGUCAGUGGUGUGUGUUAGCUGUAUGCUGUCUGUUUGGUCAGGUGUGUGUGUUAGCUGUAUGCUGUCUGUGUGGUCAGUGUGUGUGUUAGCUGUAUGCUGUCUGUUUGGUCAGUGUGUGUGUUAGCUGUAUGCUGUCUGUGUGGUCAGUGUGUGUGUUAGCUGUAUGCUGUCUGUGUGGUCAGUGUGUGUGUUAGCUGUAUGCUGUCUAUGUGGUCAGUGUGUGUGUUAGCUGUAUGCUGUCUGUGUGGUCAGUGUGUGUGUUAGCUGUAUGCUGUCUGUGUGGUCAGUGUGUGUGUUAGCUGUAUGCUGUCUGUGUUGGUCAGUGUGUGUGUUAGCUGUAUGCUGUCUGUGUGGUCAGUGUGUGUGUUAGCUGUAUGCUGUCUGUGUGGUCAGUGUGUGUGUUAGCUGUACGGCUGUCUAAUGUGGUCAGUGUGUGUGUUAGCUGGUAGUGCUGUCUGUGUGGUCAGUGUGUGUGUUUAUCUGUAUGCUGUCUGUGUGGUCAGUGUGUGUGUUAGCUGUAUGCUGUCUGUUGCGGUCAUGUGUGUGUUAGUGUAUGCUGUCUGUGUGGUGCAGUGUGUGUGUUAGGCUGUAAUGCUGUCCUGUGUGGUCAAGUGUGUGUGUUAGCCUGUAAUGCUGUCUGGUGGUCAGUGUGUGUGUUAGGCGUAGGUGGUGGUAGUGUGGUGUUAGGGCUGUAUGCUGUCUAUGUGGUACGAGUGUGUGUGUUAGCUGUGAAUGCUGUCUGUGUGGUCAGUGUGUGUGUUAGCUGUAUGCUGUCUGUGUGGUCAUUAGUGUGGUGUGUUAGCUGUAUGCUGUCCUGUGUGGUCAGUGGUUGUGUUAGCUGUAAUGCUGUCUGUGUGGUCAGUGUGUGUGUUAGCUGUAUGGCUGUCUGUGUGGUCAGUGUGUUUGUGUAGGCUGUAUGCUGUCUUAUGGUGUGGUCAGUGUGGUGUUUAGCUGUAUGCUGUCUAGGUGGUCAUGGUGGUUGUGUUAGGGCCAGUGUGUGUGGUUAGACUGUUCUGUGUGUUGGUCAGUGUGUGUGUUGAUGCUGUAUGCUGUCUUAAAUGUGGUCAGUGGUGUGUGUUAAGCGUUAUGCUGUCCUAUGUGUUCUUCGUGUAGGAAGCGUCUGGAGCAGCAGCAGAGGAUGUUGGAGGAGGACAGGAAGAGGAGGCAGUUUGAGGAGCAGAAACAGAAGCUGAGGCUGCUGAGCAGUGUCAAACCCAAGGUGAGCCACAUCAUCUACCCACCCACCAUCAUGCCUGGCUACUGCCCUCAUUCGGUCUUAGUGUGAUAAGGACGCAUGGGGUGCAAUUUAGGACGCAUCCAUGCUGUCAGUCUAGAGACACUCCCCCCUGAGCCCUGCUUUGUCCCAUCCACAGGGACAGAUGGGGGCGAGUCGGGAUGACGCGCUGGAGGCUAUCAAAGGCAACCUGGACGGGUUCAGCAGAGACGCCAAGAUGCAUCCCACGCCAUCCUCACACCCCAAGAAGCCAGGUACGCUCAUCAGUACAGUCAUUGUCCUUCACUUUAUGUUUCCUCACUAUCUGUCCUCCAGGAGUCAGGACACAGCUCCACUCCCCUGCUGGCUGACUGAACUGCCUCCCCUGAGAAUGAUAAGGCUGCCUCUGAGGUGUAAGCACACAGACAGACAGACAGACAGGCUGGUGACUGCCAGACUGUGACAGCAGCUGUUGCAAAGGACAGAGCAGCCUGUAUCUGCCUCUGUGUCUCCCAAAGAUUAUAUCAUACUUGGAGACCAACAUAAUCUUCUGUUUUUCUGUCACGUUUCACUUUGUUUUAGAUCUUCAACUUUACCUACUGUGUCUCUCACUGUCAUUAUCUUGUGCGUUACAGAAAGUUGUCUAUUAGCAAACAUCAAACUUACCACCUUAUUUAUUUAGUAUUAACUGGUCUGUCAUCCUUAGUUCAUGUUAACUAUGGACAUUAUCAUAUUUAUUAUUUCAUAUGAUAAACAUAUUCAAGAAUCAUUUUCUUUAAAAUGUGUGUUACAUUUUCUGAUCCUGCACAAACUAGCCUUUAUGUUUCACUACUAUAGCACUGUGUACUGUGUCCUCCUCCCGUCAUCGUAGCCUGUGUCUUGUUGUGCCAUUAUCAUUCUUUCUCCAUUUUUACAGACUCAUCGUCAUCCCACUCUUCUGUCACCUCUCACUCUCCUCCCCCCUGCUUUCCCCGA